CAUUGGUCAGCGCGUCAGCCGAGGAGGAGAGACGGAGACGGAGAGUCGGGUUCCUCGGAGCGCCUCGCAUUUUCACACAUCUGCUGCUCCUCCUCUCCUCUCUUCUCCACUCCUCUCCUUCCUCCCAAGUGAGCCUUCGAUCACGAUGUUGCGAAGUAUCUGCGUGUUUCUUCUCCUGGCGGUCGCCUGCUGUCACGCAGAGGAGGAGGUGAAGACCAAAUCCCAGGUGUGUGCCAAUGUCUUCUGUGGAGCAGGCAGAGAGUGUGCCAUGACGGAGAAAGGGGAACCCACGUGUCUGUGCAUUGAGCAAUGCAAACCCCACAAACGCUCCGUGUGUGGCAGCAACGGCAAAACGUACCGCAACCACUGCGAGCUUCACCGUGACGCCUGCCUCACGGGCCUGAAGGUGCAGGUGGCCCACGACGGACACUGCAAAGAGAAAAAAGCUGACCCAGCGGUUGCCACACCAAUUGCGUGCUACCUGGCCGACCGCAAUGAGCUGCGCAGCCGCAUCAUUGAGUGGUUGCAGGCGGAGGUGGUCCCCGACGGCUGGUUCUCCAAGGGCUCCAACUUCUCAGAAAUCCUACUCAAGUACUUCAAGAACUUCGACAAUGGAGACUCAAAGCUAGACUCCUCCGAGUUCCUGAAGUUCAUUCUGCACAAUGAAACGGCCAUCAAUGUUACAUCCUAUGCUGAUGAGGAGAACAACCGCCUUCUCAGGAGCAUGUGCGUGGAUGCCUUGAUUGAACUCUCAGAUGAGAAUGCUGACUGGAAGCUGAGCUUUGAUGAGUUCCUCAACUGCCUCAAGCCAGGCUUCAGCCCCCCAGAGAAAAAGUGUGCCCUUGAGGACGAGACCUACGAGGAUGGCGCGGAGACGCAGGUGGAGUGCAACCGCUGUGUGUGUGCCUGCGGGAACUGGGUGUGCACCGCCAUGACCUGCAAUGGUAAAGACAAAAAGGCAGGUGUGGAGGAAGAUGACGGACUUGACCAAGAGAUGACAGAGGAAGAGUGGGGCCGGCGGGUGGCUGAGCUCAAUAAGCACCAGGAGACAGCUGAGAAGAUGAAGGGAAGCACAAAGGAGGUUUAAUGAAGACAAAUGAAAGCGUGAGAAGAAAGAGCGAGAACGCUCCAGUCACUUCACCAAACUAUCAGGCUGAAGCUUGAAUACUUGUACUGUUGCAAAAAAAAUGCAUCAUUGUUGUUGUUUCUUUAUUUUUUUUAUAAUUGUUAAAUACUACAGUUCCUCAGAAAUAUAUAUACUAUUAUGUUCCUGUUGCAGUUUGUUAGAUGUGUAGUUACUUUUAUUUUAUGUUCCUGUGUGAAGUGCUGUAACCUCUUUGGCAUUGUCAUUGCAUACCUUGGGAGAACUCGUCAUCACAUUGCAGUCUGAGGAUUUUCCAUUAGAUUAGCUUGAAAAAAUGUUUGAAUAGGAAAAAAAGCACUAGCAAUGUAGAAAGACUUUUCUGCAGUAUUCCUCUCUAAUUUUUCUUUUAAAAUAAAUUAAUCUCUGUGCAGUGUAGGUAAAUGAAAUUUUAUUUUGUAGCUGCCAUUCACAGCAAAUGCUCCAGAUAACAGCAGCUUAUCUAGGUCAUAGCUGCUGGGGAGGCAAUUUUUUACAUUACUGACAUAGUUUUUUCCUCUUUUAUAGCAGUACUGAACACCUGGCGAUUGUAUAACAUCAGGUAAAGGCUGGGGGGUAGAUAAAUACUAAUCUCUGAUUGAGAGAUUAGUAAUUAGUAACGAGUCUGUGUCCAGGCAUGACACUGCAAGCCAUGACUGAAAAUUUAGAUCCACCUCUGCCAUUGGCUUUAAGGGCUGAUAUGCGUCAGUAUAAAACUCUUUGACUUUUGUUGUCUGAUAAUGCAUGGAUCAUGUUAAUGCAUAGAUGAGUAUGCGUGCAUAUCGGUCUGAUAAGAUCUACUGUAAAUAAGGCUAAUUAUGGUAUGUCUAGGUUGAGGCCAGGGAGAGUUUUACAAUUAGUUCUAUUGUUGCUACAGAAUAAAUUCUGAAGAAAGAUCAUAUUAUUAAACUGUAUUAUAUACUGUAACUCUUAAAGUCACAUUAUGGUUUAUUUCAUAUGAAAUAUUGUUUUAAUGCAAAGAGACGACCAAAGUAGAAUGGAAGCAGAACCACAGACAUCUCUUUAGUAGAAAAAGAAAAAAAAAAGAAAAAAAGACAUGACAUUUGGUAAGGGUGCUAUGUUUAAUGCUUUAGUAGGAUUAUUCUCUAAUAGCAAAUUGUUACAUUUUACUUUAAAAGGAGUAACAUUUAAAUCAGCUGCUUCACUUACACAUAUAGGGACUCAUUGUUGAAACUAAGAAUAUAUUUAGCAAUUUUACUAACACUACUUGACAUUUUCUUCCAAUGUCUUGUGCACCUACAGUAUAUGCAUAUAGUUCAAACACACUAUUCAGUUUUAAUGUGAGAAAUGCCACAAUGCUUACCUUUAAAAAGUUGCUAAAGUAAGGCAGCGAUUUCUACUUGCUUUAUUUGUAAUAUAUUCAGUCAAGUUUUGGUGCUUGUUUUAACCCUAAACACGUAGCUUAAUGAAUAUCACUGGCACAGGACUUGAAGUGCAUUUUAAGUGUCAAAUUCUUGUAUUUUAAGGACACAGUUUUAACUAACAUUUUUUAUUAUCGUUAUUCAUAAAAGGAGGGCAAAACUGAAACGGAAAAGCAUGUGUUCAUGUUAUGAACGAGUGGCACAUAACCACAUGUGAGGCAGUAGUGUUGAAACCAAAGUUUGCUGUACGAUCUGUGAUAAUGUACAAUUUCUCCAGGGAAAGCAAUACUCUGGACCCAGCAACUACUUUAUACCUUUGUUCUCAAAACAUCACUCUUAAAGAAUAGAACCGCUGUAAAGUAUGUACUGCAGCUUAGAUGCAUGAUUAUAUGCUUUUAGUUUUUUACCGUAAUCUUGCUUACAACUUGUGUAUUGUGUGGUUAUUAGUGCCUUAAAAUCCUAACCGUCCAGUCGAUAGCAGUGAUGGUGUCCUCACCAAGCAGUGAAGAUUGACAACAGUUAGAAACAGCACAAGUACAUCUUGCAAAUUUGUCCUUUUUCAGUACGUUACUUUGUCACGAACGUGCGUGUGGUUGUGUAUAUAUGUGUGUACGAUUGUCUUUCAUUGUAAUGUGUGGAAGAUACGAAAGGAUUUUGUAUUCCUGUAAGACUUUACUAUUGUUCCUUCGCUAUUUUUUAUUACAACUACUUGAGGUAUAUAUGCCAAUAAAUAAAAUUACAACUACUGGA